AUGUUCACGUUGCUUGCGUUUGGAUUGCUACUGCAAGAAAUUCUGGCUAAUUCCCAAGCUGCAAAUCUGACUGAACUCAAGAACAUUCCACAAGAGCCAUUGUACAGCUACGAAGCUCUCAACUUGCCAGAUGAGCACAUUCCCUACUUUCUGCAUAAUAACCAGCAUAUUGCUGGCAUCUGUAAGCAGGACUCUCAUUGCCCGUAUAAAAAGUACUUGAAGAAACUAAAAUCUUGCUGGGGCUAUGAGAAAUCUUGCAAAUCGGAUUACAGGUUCAGUUACCCAGUUUGUGAUUAUGUUGAAACUGGAUGGGCAAGUGACAUUGAGACAGCCCAGCAGAUAUUCUGGAAGCAGGCUGACUUUGGUUACGUUCGGGAGAGGCUCAAUGAAAUGAAAACCCACUGUAAGCCUGCAGCAACAGGAGAUUCGUCUCUGACCUGUUCUCAGUACCUUCAGCACUGCAGAGCAACAAACUUGUACAUUGAUUUACGAACUGUAAAGAGAAACCAUGACAGAUUCAAAGAAGACUUUUUCCAGAAGGGAGAAAUUGGAGGUCAUUGCAGCCUCGACGUUCAAGCAUUUUUGGCUGAAGGUCAACGCAAGAGCCCUCUGCAGUCUUGGUUUGCAGAACUCCAGACAUUUACGGCAUUAAACUUUAGGCCUCUAGAAGAUAAGAAGUGUGACGUUGUUAUUGAAAAGCCAACAUACUUCAUGAAAUUAGAUGCAGGUGUUAAUAUGUACCAUCACUUCUGUGAUUUCGUCAAUCUUUAUAUUACACAGCAUAUCAAUAAUUCCUUCAGUACUGAUGUCAACAUAGUCAUGUGGGACACUAGCUCAUAUGGCUACGGUGACCUGUUCAGUGAGACGUGGAAGGCAUUUACCGACUAUGAAAUAAUACACUUGAAAACCUUUGACUCUAAAAGGGUAUGUUUUAAAGAAGCAGUCUUCUCAUUACUGCCUCGGAUGCGAUAUGGCCUGUUUUAUAACACACCACUGAUCUCUGGCUGUCACGGCACAGGGCUAUUUAGAGCAUUUUCUCAGCACGUGUUACACAGGUUAAAUAUCACACAAGAAGGACCCAAGGAUGGGAAAAUUCGAGUCACAAUACUUGCACGCAGUACAGAUUAUCGGAAAAUAUUAAACCAGAACGAGCUUGUGAAUGCUUUGAAAACAGUGUCAAUGUUGGAGGUCAAAGUGGUGGACUACAAAUACAAGGAACUUGAAUUUUCAGAGCAGCUGAGAAUUACCCACAACUCUGAUAUAUUCAUUGGGAUGCAUGGAGCUGGACUCACCCAUUUGCUGUUUCUCCCAGACUGGGCUGUGGUUUUUGAACUAUACAAUUGUGAAGAUGAACGUUGUUACCUGGACUUGGCAAGGCUGAGAGGCAUUCACUACAUCACUUGGAGAAAGAGGAAUAAAGUAUUCCCUCAAGAUCAGGGACACCACCCAACGCUGGGAGAGCAUCCAAAAUUUACAAACUACUCCUUUGAUGUGGAAGAAUUUAUGUACUUGGUGCUGCUGGCUGCAAAUCAUGUUUCACAGCAUUCCAAGUGGCCGUUUAGGGUAAAACACGAUGAAUUCUAA